AUGAAGCUUUCGAAGGAAAAAGCUACUACAGUUCUAGUAUGGGCUAAGUUUUUCAACGUGUCUUUUGAGUAUUGGGAUAGUGAUGGGCUGAGCCAGAUUGCAAGUGCUGUAGGUACUCCUCUGUUUAUGGACCAACUCACUGAACAGGGUAGUAGAGUGUCCUUUGCCAGGGUCUGUGUGGAGGUUGAAGCUACAUCCAACCUUCCAUCGAUGUUCAGAGUGAAUUGUGAAGAUGCAGAAGCUGUAGUGAAGGUCGAAUAUCAGGGUUUACCCCCUAAGUGUGACCACUGUGUAGUGUUUGGGCAUGACACUACCAAAUGCGUUAAGACCCAAGUGGCUGCCCUGUUAAACCUCCAGAAACAAACAGAAGACAACCCAGAUCCUGGAUGGGAAACUGUCAAGGCCAAGGGUAAGAGGAAGGUGGAUGUCCCUGAAACUCCUACAACGACAGAUAAUCAUGCAACUUCAAAGGAGGUUGGCCUACAGGAACCUGAUGCAGGGCAGAGUCAAUAG